CAUGGGCAAGCUACUUAUCUGUGUUGGACUGGCUCUCCUGCUGCAUGUGCAGCUAGGAUCAUCCUACAUCCUUUCCUGUUAUUUCACUAACUGGGGACAGUACCGUCCUGGAGCAGGUAAGUAUUUCCCUACCGACAUCGACCCAUGUCUCUGUGACCACCUCGUCUAUGCCUUCGCUGGAAUGGACAGCAACAUGAUCAAGACCUACGAGUGGGACGAUGAGAAACUCUACGGACAGUUCCAGGCCCUGAAGAACCAGAACAGCAACCUGAAGACACUGCUGGCCAUCGGAGGAUGGAAAUUUGGUACUCAGAAAUUCACAACUAUGGUUUCCACUGCUGCCAAUCGUCAGACCUUCAUCACCAGCGUGAUCCAGUUCCUGCGUCAGUACCAGUUUGAUGGUCUGGAUAUUGACUGGGAGUACCCUGGCUCUCGUGGCUCCCCGGCUCAGGACAAGCAGCUCUUCACCGUACUGGUCCAGGAGCUGCUCAGCGCCUUUGAGGCUGAGGGCAAGAAGACCAACCGUCCCCGUCUGAUGUUGACUGCUGCUGUUGCCGCUGGAAAGCCAACAAUCGACUCUGGAUACCAGAUUGCCCAGAUUGGAUCGGUGCUGGACUACUUCCACGUCAUGACCUACGACUUCCACGGUUCUUGGGAGCACAAUGUUGGAGAGAACAGCCCUCUGUACAAGGGCCGCUCUGACCAGGGAUCCAUGAGCUACUUCAAUGUGGACUAUGCUAUGAACUACUGGAAGAGCAAUGGUGCCCCAGCUGAGAAGCUGCUGGUUGGUUUCGCCACCUACGGCCACACCUUCCUCCUGGCUUCCUCUAACACGGCUGUGGGAGCUCCUGCCAGUGGACCCGGAGCUGCUGGACCCUUCACUCGUCAGACUGGUUUCUUGGCCUACUAUGAGAUCUGCACUUUCCUGAAGCAAGGAGCCACUCAGGCUUGGGACAGCGUCCAGGAUGUGCCUUAUGCCUAUAACCAGGGAACUUGGGUUGGAUAUGACAAUGUUAAGAGUUUCCAGGCUAAGAUUCAAUGGUUGAAGCAGAGCGGCUAUGGUGGCGCCAUGGUGUGGACUUUGGAUCUGGACGACUUCACUGGCACUUUCUGCGGCCAGGGAAAAUACCCCCUGAUCAACACCAUCAAGAGCGGACUGGGAACUGGAGCUUCCUGCAUUUUCUAGAACUGUCCCCAUUGCUCUGGUUGCACCAACCCAGUAGCCUGCUCCUCAGCCUGGCGGUGGCAGCAGCAGCAGCACUGGAUUUUGCGCUGGAAAGACUAACGGACUCUACCCUGACCCAACCAACAAGAACCACUUCUAUGAGUGCAGCAAGGGACAAACCUACUCCCAGCACUGUGCUACCAGCCUGGUCUUCGAUAACAGCUGCAAGUGCUGCAACUGGGCUUAAACUACCCAUGUUUGAACUUCAAACUGGUUGUUCUAGUGGCUGGGUCAACUAUCCUGUAACAUAAGACCACCCACAUGAGUUCCAGUCACUGAUGUAACCAAAAUAAAAAUCACAUUUAAAGCAACUUUA